AUGCUCACACACAUAUAUGUGUGUGUUUGCAUGGCUGUGAAAGGCUCAGACAUCGUUGGCAGCGCACACUGCUCAUGCACUCCAUGCCAGCACCGCUCAGCUGCGCUCCUAUUUGUCCUCCGCCCGCUCACGCGCGCGCUCCCCACACGCUCCGCCAGGCUGGGUGUGAGGCACGGCAUGGAAUGGAAUCUCAGAAGGAUGGAGAGUGAACUGAGACAGAUCAAUCCGGACUUGCUGCAGCCCAGCAAGAGCUUCAAGAAACCUUCCUCCGGCACCAUCACCAUCAACGUGGGGGGCUACCUGUAUGCCGCGCAGCGCCAUACCCUGGCCAAGCAUCCCGGCUCUCUGCUGGAAGAGAUGGUGACUGGGAAGAAGCCCGUGGUGCAUGUGGACUCCAUGGGCAACACCUUCAUCGACCGCGAUGGGCCCAUCUUCCGGCACGUUUUGAAUUUCUUGCGACUUGGUGAACUGGUGCUUCCUGAUGACUUCAAGGAAGCCGGGUUGCUCCGACGCGAGGCUAACUUCUACCGGCUGAGCGAGCUGGCCCAAGCCCUGCAGGACUGGGAGCAGCAGCAGGCCACGCAGCACGAGCCCGCCUUCCUGGAGGUGACAGACAGCCACGAGCGCUCGCAUGGUCUGAGGGUCUACUGCAGCGACAGCACCUUCAUCGAGAAGGUGAAGAGCCGCCUGGUGCAGAUCUCCAAGAGCCGCUUGGACGGCUUUCCGGAAGAGUUCGAGGUGUCGUCCAACAUCAUCCAGUUUCGGCAUUUCAUCAAGUCGGAGCAGGGCUCUCGGCUUGUGCUGAAGCAGGACAGCACGUUUUUGUGUACACUCGAGUGUCUGAAGCUGGAAGCGGUGAUGCUCGCUCUCAGAGGAGGCUUUCGUCUGCUCACCAGCCUAGACAGCAGCCGCGGAUCAGUGGUUCAGUGCGAGGCUCUGCAUUUUGUCAAGUGACCCGAGCAGAACUGUCACCACAUGACCUGCUGUAAAACCAUCCUGCAUCAACAAACACCAGCGUCUUCAACCGAAAGCCUGUUCUGGAAUAGUCUACGCUAACCGCUUCUACGUGACACACUCCGACAGACAGCCUGGAGAAACGAGAGAGAGAGAGAGAGAGAUGUGUACUGUGCUGUGGGGGGUUUUGUUUGGUUUGUGUUCAUAGUCUGUUUACAGAUGAUGUUUUUUACAGUAAGAGCAACAGUUGUACUGUAGAAGAUGACUGUGAUAAUGAUAAUCAAUCUGAAUUGCAGAGUACGGUGUGCAAUGAUCAUUACAUUUGUAAGCAGUUUUGUGAUUUCUGGUAAUGUGAACACAUGCAGUAAACAACAGGUUGUAAUUUUCAGUCUGUGAAUGUUUUGCACAAUAAAGCCACAUUAUAAUUUAUUCAAAAUAAUGUUUAUAAAUGACACUGUGGUGUAUCCUUUAGGUGAUGAUCUACACUGACAUACGCUGCGUAUGAUUUUGUCUGUGAACUGUGAAAUGUACAUUAGAGAUUUACAGUGGGCUGUGUGAAUAGAGCUACAUUUAUUUAUUUUUUUUCUUAUUUGCUGUGGAGUCGGCUUGUAAGAGACAUACACUGUCCUAAAUUGUAAGUUUGCAAUAUUAUGCAGCAAGAUGUGACCUAAAAUUAAAUUUCCUCCAGCA